AUGAGUCUGGAUUCCCAUCCCCCCAAUGAUGCCACCACCGCCCAGCAGAUCAUCUGCCUUUUCAAUUGUCUUAGCACAAAUUCGGCUCGAAGGGCUGCGUAUCAUGGCAUCUUGGAUCAACUGAAUUCCCCCGAAUGGUGCGAUGUACGCGCACGCAUGGCCCAGCGCACCUUUCAGAAGGACAUUCUCGGCGAGUCCCUGCCAGAGGUCGCUCUGCAAAUUGUGCAGUAUCUGCGUGUCACCGAUCUUCACGUGCUCCAGAGAUGGACGAACAAGUUCAGCACGAAACUUACCGCAGCUGACUUCCGGCGGUACGCUCAACGGAAGUUGCGUUUAGAGCGCGGCCAACCCGCCCACGAGCCCCUGUCUUUUGAUCCCGUCACACCGGGGACCGCAAGAGAUGAUGGCCCAAAUUAUUACAGGCCCCCCACGCCUGACACCCUCGCCUACGCCGAUGGAAGGUGUGCCUGGCUCAGAAGCUCCGACGUCAUUGUCGUUCACGACAUUCGCAAAGCCACAAGGCAGCAAUUUUGCACUGAGAAUCGCGACCGGUUUCGAUUGCUGGGUCUCUCGGAGUGUGUGAUUGCAGCGGUCAGCAUCCGCGCAUUUUGUCAUGUUUGGGACCUGGAGACCCAGGAGCACGCCUGGUUCCGUCUCCCAUCAUCCAGUUUGACCGGCUUUGCCGUCCGCAGCAGCAUAGUUGCUGUGGCCUACAACAGUACCAAGACUAUCAAGCCUGAAAAUAGGGUCAAUAUCGAAUCCAUCAUGUACUGGGACAUGCGGUCGCGCACCGCUCACGCCAUUGAGAAUGUCCCCAACGUGGUACUACUAGACCUGCAGCCCGCCACGAAGACCCUCAUCAUCGUUCAUGUUGAACGAGAAGAGACGUACCAGGUAUGUGUAAGGAAAUACAUCAUGGAUGGUCAAGGACAUGCGCACAUCCAGCGCUCCUACGCGUUACCCGCCGUUCAUCGGGAUUGGACUCUCGAGACGGUGAGCCGGACGUGGGACAGUAAUCAUCACCGAUUCGCGGUGUUCUUCAUUCAAUCGCCGCUGGCUAAGGCUCCAAGACGAUUAUUCCAGUGGGUAAUAGCUACCUACGACCCGCAGACGGAUGGGAUCGGCCUGCAUGAAUUCACUUGGAAUGAUAGGCCCAAAUAUUUCUUGCGUGCGGCGGCUGUGGACCACAAUCUGCUGUACUAUCUCAGGGAGGAUCACGGCACACAAGCUAUUUGGAUAUCCGACCCUUCAGCCCACCCCCCCCAUAGAGCAGCUAAAGCUAUGGAUCCGAGCUGUCGCGGAAAGGAGGGGAUUCUCCUUGGGGACCAGGAGUAUGUUCUCCUGCUGCAUCAGAUGGAGGCGAAAGUUUGGCCUUUCAGAGACGAUACUCUGGUCAACAACUAGGUCUGCGACCCGCUCUGAAGGCUUCGUGGUUUGCUUGCUCAGGCUAGAGAAUCAAAGGACGAGCUCUAGCAGGAAGACGUUCGCCUCAGAACGGAACGAACAGUAGAACUCGUUAUAGCAAAUUCAUUGACAGAAGAAAGAAACCUAGACAUGGACGAUAUACAGAACCAUCUAUAAGAAUUUCCCAGGCGCUCUCACCUGGUCGUGUAUCACCAUUAUGUUAACUUGUGCGCGAU